UCUAGCUUAGAAAAAAUUCAUGGAACAUGGCCAUGGGGCUAGCUAGCUAGCUCCUUCCUUAUGCACUGAUUAGUAUUGGAUGCGUAAGCGUGAGUAUUAGUACUCGGUCGUUAAGGAUCUAGAUGUACAUAAGGCCGGCCAGGACGACAAGCACACACACAUGCAUGAGUGAUGCUGAUCAUCAGUGGCCCUCGCUAGAUUUAAUACUGCUGGCACCUCUCUCACCAAACUGUGACCAUUAUUCUUCUUGGCCUCCUCGUCGAUCCUAUCUUCUCUUUAUAUGCGUCUCCGGUCGUCACAUCACGCCACCAUAGAAGAGAGAGAUAUCUACACAGAGAAGAGCGAAAGGGAGAGGAAGGUGGCUAGGCGCCUAGCUAGCUACGCGGGCAGCAACCCUGAGCUGAUCGAAUGGGGAACAGCCUGAGGUGCUGCCUGGCGUGCGUGCUGCCGUGCGGCGCGCUGGACCUGGUCCGGAUCGUGCACCUCAGCGGCCGCGUCGACGAGUACGGCCGCGCCGUGCUCGCCGGGGAGGUCCUGGCGGCGCACCCGAACCACGUGCUCAGCAGGCCCUGCGGGUCCAGGCAGCAGGGCGGGCCGCGGAUCGUCAUCAUCGUGUCGCCCGAGGCCGAGCUGGAACGCGGCGAGAUCUACUUCCUCCUCCCGGCCGCCUCCGUGCCCGCCGACGCCAAGAAGAAGACCAAGACCAAGCGCGAGCCGAGCCCCGGCGCCGCCGCCGUCGAGGAGGGCCGGCGACACCAUCGCCACCACGUCCGGAGCAAGUCGGAAGGCAGCGCGGCCACGGCCGCCGUCGAAGGUCGCCACCUGCAGCAGCAGCAGCACCGGAGGCGCAUGAGCACCGGCAGCCACGCCACGUCGUGGCAUCCGCACCUGGCGCGCAUCGCCGAGGACCCCUGAUCGAGCUCUGGCUCCCGGUCGUGCCGGUAUUGUCCUUUCUGCAUGGAUGGUCUCGUUUUCCUGUCUGAUCGCGUGGUAAAUAUUCUUGUUGCAUGUCUCACAUUUAUUAUUGUCUUUGUUAAUCUACCCCCAAGUGUACAUUGGAUUCAAGUGUCGCGUGUGUGAACAGAACAAUGCUGUGACCGUGGCAUAUGUUUCUUUUUGAGUUUUGAACUUCGUGAUUUGUGCUUUGUGA